ACAAACACCGUUCUAUGAUGUGAUUACUGAUUAUAAUGUAUUAUUGUGAUUGACCAAUAGUGUGUGUACGUUCGGCUGUUCGUAGCGUAGCUCUUGGCCGUCUGUCGUUCGGUUAUGUUAGUAUUGUUACAAUGGUUUUGCGGUCCUUGAAUGAUUAAAAAUUUGAUUUUUUUUGAAAUUUUCAAUACCGCGCUUGUCCGUUCAAAAUUAAUUGUCGUGCGUUUGAAACCCAGUACGAGACGACGAUAAAUAUUGAAAACGUUUUUGUGGAUAAUAUUUCCAAACACCAUUUUUGUUGUUUACAUUGAUUAUACACCGAAGCGCAAUUUCCGUACUACAAAUUUAACAAUGUCUUAUCAUUAAACAACAGCGGCAUACGUCCGUGUAAAGGAGUGGCGGAGUGUGCACUGCUCAUUGUCACCGAUUCGACACUGUCCUAUUUACUGGACAAGAAACCGCUCUAUCGACGGACUAUCGACUCGAAAAUUGUUAGAUAACUUCCUCAUUCUCGGAGGCAGCAGUGGUCUUAUUGGGCUGUAAUCAAUAUUAUUAAGUCCGUAAAAUGGAUCCAGACACGUUUUUCGGGAAAGCUGUUAAUGAAAAUGAUCAUCAGCAAGAAGAUACGAACAAUCCUCAAGUAGCCGAGAUUGGAAUACCGCUUGGUGGUAGUGUAAACACUCAAAAUGGCUUGGACCCAAAUUUACUUGUCCAAAACCAAAUGUUAGGUCAAGUAUCUGAAGCAGGUGUACCCAAUGUUAGUGGGUCUACUGAAAUUGUUUUACCCCCUACUGCUACAGAAAACUCUCUACCCUCCCUUCCGCCAAUUUUGCUGGACGAUAAAGGUCAACCAGUACAGCCACCAGCUGAUUAUAAUGCGCAAAAUUAUUCAAAUUAUAAUUACAUGUAUAACUAUAGUAAUUAUUAUGGUUAUCCGUAUCCACAAUAUCAGUGGGACUACAAUAGUCAACAAUACUAUCAGCCGUAUCAAAAUUAUUACAACUUUAAUUAUAAUGCCAAUCAAACUCCAGCUUCUAAACCGCCACCACCACCAGCCAAUACAGUUCAGUUACCAGUUGAAGAAAAGCCGGGCAGUAAAAUGAAUAUGAUUACUGUUGACGAUCCUAACCGUUAUUCUCCAUCUGUUGGAAUGGAUGAUGAUGACAUCACAAAAGAAACGACGGAAAACGUCAAACCGGAUGUGCCGAUCGAGCAUCCAACUCAAUCUGUUUCUAUUUUAUCAAAUCCAGAUAAAAACGAUGAGUCGACACAAAAGCAAAUUGAACAAAAUUUGAUGGACUCAGCUGAUAAGCAAUCUGUUGUUCCCGAUGUUCCUUUGAAUACCACUAUUAUACAGCCAGUUAUUCCAUUAAAUACCCAACCUCUUUCUUAUAAUACUUCUGUUCAACAGCCUUUACAUGUUACUAAUAAACCUGCUCAGGUGCAACCUACAGUAGCUAUAAACACAGAGUUACCUAAUCAACAACCAUCGAUUUUAAACGGUAAAGACGAGACUCUAGAAAAAACCACCACCAAAGGGUCUAGUGUUUUGGGUAAAACUCAAGCGAAAAAACGAUUGAUGGCAUUUUCAAUGAUGAAGCAAAAGAUACAAGAACAAACUAUGGCAAUGAACGAUAGUCAUAAUUCAGAUUUGGGAGAUGCCAAUGAUAGUGAAUUUGUCCCCGACCUCAACAUUUUCCAAACCACUACUAAGAAAAAACCUGUCAUUAAAAAAGCCGUAAAAGUUAUCAAGGCGGAACAGACAAUCGAACAAAUUGAAGAGAUGAAAAAAACUGAACUCAUGCAAGGAAACAAUACAGCAUUAUAUCAACAAUUAUUGUUGAGUGGAGGCAAUGAAGCUCCCAUAUUACAAAAACUUGGCAUUGAAUCAUUGACCGGCAAGUAUUCAGCUAGCAUUAAAAACCAAGGCAAGCGGUUCAAGAGACAUCAGCACGAGAGACAUCGCGAUGACGGCAGAAGAAGUCACAGAUACCGUCGUCGUUCACGCUCCAAGUCCAGGUCUAGGUCUUUGGAGAAACCCAAAAUGAAGGCGUUGGAUGUUCAAAGUUGGAAAGAUUUUUUGAACAGCGGUUUUAACUUUGACAAGUUUCGAAAGUACAAAUUUGACGAACUCGAUGAAAAAAAAGAAAUGGAGAGAAAGUCAAGGCCAAAGAAGAAGCACGGCGACUCGCAUUCAAGUGAUCGUGGUCGUAAUCAGGAAUACACAUCGGCAGAUACUGAAAAAGUAAUAGAUGACCAUAAACGUUACAAUAUAUUGGAACGCAAGAGAGAAUUUCAGAAAAGCUUAGUAGUGAAAUCACUCGACGAUAAUCAAACCAAAGAUUUUCCGAGUUACAUUAUUCAACAUACUAAAACUGAACCAGUCUUAAAGUAUAGUCGAAAUCCAGCAAAAGCCGUUUGUCAUUUUAUGAACAGACAGCAGUUUUUUGAGACGCUUUUACCAGACAUUGAAGCAAUCGUUCAAAAAUUUCUAUCGUCGAUGAAACCGAAAAAGAUGAAAGAAAAUUGUAUUGACCUGCAUUACUAUGAAGUGAAUGACAAAAUUUUAACUUUAAUGAAGAAUAAAAACGUAUACCCCUUCAAGGGCUGGUGGCCUAAGUUACCGUUUAUAGUCACCCAAGUUAAAGAAAAUCCAAAUGUUGAAAUCGACGUGGAAGAACAUAUGAAUAAGUUUUCUGCUAGUAAACGAGUCAAAAAAUCCAGAUUUACCAACGAGUCGUUUGUUGUGGAUUUGAGGCCUACGGUUCCGUCCAAAUGGGACAGCGAUUAUGACGGAAGCCCUGUUAUCGACAAGUCGAUGGAUGUUGAAGUCGCGCAACCUAUGAACGCUAACAAUGUGGCAUUCGUUCAAGACGUAGAACCACAAGAUCUUAAUAAUCAAGAAGAAAUGAUGGACACCACAUCAGACGUAGGCGGCGAAGAAGCGGAACCAUUAAUUGAAGUUAACGUAACUCCUGUUGCUGUGUUGUCUAAAGACAAGACACAGGAUCAUACUAAAUUGGAUAACGAGUACGAAGAAUUUUUGAAAAUUGUAACUGCUGAAAAAUACGAGAAAACUUCGACUGAUAAUGUAAAACCCGUAGUGUUGCCGCCCACACAUUGUAUAAAAUUAAAUGAUUCGGUUCACGAAGAGUCUGACGAUGAAAGUUUGUCCAAGUCCUCUGAAGAUUCUGUCUCGUUGAAAGAAGUCGAAGAAUUAAUCGACAGUAAAAUUGUUAAAAAAUCGUCUCAGAGCAACAAGAAAAUGAAGAAAAAAAAAAGGGCUGUGAAUAAAAAAUCGAAGAAAAAGGAAAACAAGAAAAAAAGACGCAAAUCGAGUUCUACCGAUAGUUCUUGUGAAAGCGAUUCGGAGAGCGAUAGCAGUACGUCGGACAGUGAAACUGAUAGUUCGGACACCAGUUCGUCCGUCGAAAUAAAGAAAAGAAAAAAGAAAUCGAAGGAUAAGAAAAAGAAGAAAUCUAAAGCGAGCAAGAAAAAAGGAAAAGAAGAUAAAUCAUCUAAAAAUAAUUUGCCCAACGACGACAAUAGUAGUAUUUUGAAUUUAAUUGAGAAAGCGUUCAAUGUGGAGAUUAAAAAAAAAGACGACAGCGAAGAACCUAAACAAAAAAAAAAGAAGCGUAAGCACUCAAAAAAAGAGGAUAAACUAGUGGACAGCACUGAAGAUGAAUUCCAAAAGGUCAAAGAUUGCCUAAAGGAAACUUUUACCAAAUUAGUAAAACCAGAUACGGCGAAAGAAACUCCGUCGUCUCUAAGUAACCGUGAUAACUCUACUGUCAGCGAAGUUUUAAAAUAUUUAAAGAUGAAUGAAGAAAAAGGAAAAAAAAGCAAAAAGUCUAAGAAGUCUAAACGUAAACACGAGUCUGACGAAUCCGAAGAAGAAGAAGAAAUUACUGCCAAAAAAUUAAGAAUUGAAGAAAUAUUUAAUAUCGAUGAAACGGAUAAAAAGAAAAAGAGCAAGAAGAAAAAGACAUCGGGCUACAAAGAGAUUGUACCUAAAAAGAAAUCUAAAAAAAAGACAAAGAAAACGGACUUGUCUGCGAACGAAGAAGAGGAUAAUAUUAUAGAGAGAAAAAAACAAAAGAAAUCCAAAAAAGACAAAGACAAAGAAGAGUCUGAGAAUUUUUUUGGACUGCGACCCAAUGAGUGGAAUAUUACUAAAUCAAAUUCCAUGAGGGGAGUCGUCCAUUGCUCGGAUACAAACCUGACUGACUAUAAAUCUAUAAUCAAAGAUGGCGGUUCAAAAAAUAAAAAACAUAAUAAACGUUCGAAAAAUAAACGACCUUUAAGUAGUAGCGAUGAAGAGAAGUUUUUUUUCACUAAAAAAUCAAAGUCUGAAAUUAAAUCUAAAAAAAAAUCAAAGAAAUCAAAAUCAAAUGCUGGCGGUUUUAUUAAAAGCAAAAAGUCGGAUAAAAGGAAGAACGACAAAAUUGAAUCUAGCGACGAUGGAAGUUCCACGACGGAGUUCAAUUCUGACUCUGAAACGUCUUUCAAUAAAUCCGAUGACUUUAAAAAACCUACCUCUGCUAGAAUAAGAAUGAAUAAGAAAAACAGUUCCGAUAGCGAACUGGAGGAUGAGAAGGAAAAUAUGUUCACCAUAAAUAGCAGUUAUAAACCGGGAAAAAAUGAAAAGAACAUAAAUGAAUCUUUAGAUUAUCAAUCCACGGAAUUUAAUUCGGACUUUGAAUCAUCUUUUAAUAAAUCUGAUGACCUAAAAAAUACCACCUUUGAAAAUAUGAGAAUAAGUAAUAAAUGCGAAAAAAACCAAAACGAAUCUUUGGAUUAUCGUGCCAUGGAGUUUAACUCGGAUUCUGAAAUCUCUUUUAACAAAUCCGAUGACCUAAAAAAUACUACCUUUGAAAAAAUCAACAAGAAGAGCUCCGAUGGCAAAAUUGAAGAAAAAGAGAAAAAAAUGUUUAGCGCUAAACGGGAAAAAAGUAAUAACAAUUUAGAACCUGAUAAAAAUGACAAAUUUUUGGAUAAAUCUGAUAACUUUAAAGCGACUCAUAGCAUCGAUCGUGAAACUAAUGUAAUAGUAACGAAACCAAUUGUUGUAGCGGAUAACAUAUCACACAGGGAUAAAGUGAAAAUGAAUUUAAUGAAACUUUCGACUGUCCAGCAUAUACCGUUUAUCGGAUUUGGACCUUCGCUCGGUUUUAUCAAAUCCAAACAAAUGCAAGCGGAAAAGACCGAAGAAACUAAAGUUACUCAAGUCGGCGAACCACAGUUGCUGCAAUCUAAACAGCAUAGCGUCGGUAUUCACACGGUUAUUUCAUCCAAAAUCGAUACUCAAGCUGUUGCUAAUAGUUUUGAAGAUUCCGACUCUAAUCAGUCUUCAGUAUUGAGUAGCGACAGUUCAGAGUUGAAAUCAUCAGAUAAAGAGGGGAAAAAAGAUGAUCGUCACAUUGAAGAAUUAGAAUCAAAAUGUUCGACUGUUGAAGAUAGAGUUGACACAACUGAAGAAAUGAGUAGUAACGAUAACAUGAUUGUGGAUGAAGAAAUAAAUGAAGACAACAAAGUAAUAAACCAAAUGCAUUUAAAUGAAGGUGAAAUUUCACAAGAACGUGUGACUAGUUUUAAUGACGACGAGCAACUGUGUUUGGGCGUAUCAAAACCGGCAAUCGAUGUUGAAACGGCUAAAGACGACUCAAAUGAACUGAGCACGGCAAAUUCUCCCGAUUCGGAUACUUCAAAUGUGGAUUUACAAAUUUCUAAAAGUAACAACGAACUGGUGACGCAAUGGACUUCCGAUUGGAACAAUUUAGACCAAAUCAUUGGAAAGAACAAAUCAAAUGAAGUUACGCUCAUCAGGAGUCGCGGUGUACGUAAGAACAAAUCGCGUUGGGACAAAGAGCCAAGUCCAGGAAAUGCCCUUAGUAAUGAUGUGUCUGUAUCCGAUACAAAUAAUACAAGUAUAAAUUCUACGGUUAACCAAGAACAAAAUGAAUUGGAUGAUAACGAAAAAACCUUUGAGGAAAUUUCAUCAAUCGAUUGUGUAAAUGAAUACGAGAGUUACGAUUAUUCUGGCAAUUGGUCAACGGACUAUGAAAAUUAUCAAUCCAGUUCGGAGAUCCCACAAUAUUCUGAAAUGGUGGCCAUCGAUGACGAUUCACUCAACCCAGUCGACUAUAGUGUAUACGAAGAUUAUAGUCCAAAUAAUUAUUCUUAUCAAGAAGAAUUUAGUUUUUGGAGCCAGCAAGAUAUUUCCCUACAUUCUAAUCAGUUGUCAGGAGAAACAUCGUCUAUUCAAGUUGGAAACGUUUUGGAAAUUUUACCAUCCGACGAUAUUUCUAAUGACCAAGUUAAACAAUUGGAGCCGGAAGAAGUACAGAGUGAAACGGAAUUUACGUGUUCUUCCGAUGUAUUGGAUACAAUUGAAGAGAGUGAAAUUCUUCCUGUUCAAUCUACUCACGACGAGCAAUUUUUCAAACUGUACAGCCAACAUGUUGACCAUUACAGUCAAAACCCUAUUCAAUAUUCGGUGAUCAAACCUGUCGUUAACGAAGUAAUAGGUAUUUUGCCCGAUACUCUCGAAGAGAUACCCGAAGACGACACCGACGACCAAGAUAAUGAAAUUUCAAUUCCUUUACGACCACGAGCUUAUUCUGCGGUCGUCGAGGACGGUUCAAACGUUCUGUAUAUUACUAGCGACAACUAUAUUGCUUAUUGUGCCGUUGAAGAUAAAUGUAUGGUACACAUCGCAGUCGAGGUUAGUAAACACGACGGCGUCAAAGACGAAGUGAGACACUGCUUCAACGUAAACGAAAACGGCACAGUGGACGAAUACUGGUUGCACGCCGAUUUAAUCCAGUUUAACGCCUCAUCGGAUGGCGAAUCGGGAGUGUUCAGUAGUGACGACGAAGAAAAGUCUUUGGAUUCAGAGUGCGAUCAAGAAAUCGACGAAAACGAAUUAGUCGGAGUAGAAUGGGAAAUCGUAGACGGCGAUAGCGAUUCUGGUGAAGAAUGGUUGAACGAUCCUAAUGUGCUGAGUCGAUAUGGUGGCGACGACGUCGAUCAAAAUAUAAUCGAAAACAGUUAUGUGUCUAGUUCCGACUAUGAUACCGAGGACAGCGAUUUAUCGGAAGAAAAUUGCGACACUGAAAAUAUAACCGGAGAGAAGAAUUCUUCAACGGUGCUGUACGAGAUCAAAGACGAUCUAAACGUAUUUGAACGUAGCGAGGCAAAUGAAGACUCGUUAGAUGAUCAUAAGGAUGAUUCAUCGUUAAUCCAACAAGCUGUAUCUGAUAACGAGCAUCGUGAAAAUUGUACAAAUACUAUAAAAACAGAUAAUGAUGACACUUCGACACCACUAGAGACUGACGGUUCAGAUGUACCCAAUAAAGAAAAUGAAACUGUCGAUGCUAAUAUUUUAGGUACAAACAAAAAAGAAGAAGAAGUACUUGUUCAAGACCUCGAACAAAUGAACACCGUAGUUAAACAGAAACUCGUGAUACAGAAAUUAAGAAUACGGACGAAACUGAAAAAUGUAGACAAACAAUCGGACACUGCAUUAGUGAGCUACAGUGAUAAUAUGGAAACGGUGAAACAUCCGUUCGUAGGCUUGUUUCAACCGCCGACAAUCAGUAUUCUUAGAGAAAAAAGGAACGUGGAGACGUUAAAGAAAAAAGUCGCGUCCAAGCAGGUAUCGUUUGCAGACGGAAUUAGUCCAGGUAACGUUUCAGCAGAGUCGCCGCCAGAUUGUGACGACUUUGAUCGACCUUUCUCACCGCCUCCGUUGAAAGCGUUGAUGCGUGAAACACUGAAAAUGAAACGUUACGUUUAUCCGUUUAGAAAGUCGAAGAGAGUUCGCUCUAAAGUUAUGAUGACAAGGGAGCCCGUCAAAAUACCGCCUCUGAGCCACGCUCCGUCGUCCAAAGGCGAUUAUUACAUUAGCCGUCGGCGUGCAGAAGAAGAGUGUGCUUUGGAUACGACGGCAAACAGCAAUGGGGGCAUGGAUUCUUCCGACAGCGACAGUGACCAAAACGAUAAUGGCAGAACAACGCCGCCCAAACCUACGAGACAAGUUACUCCUGUGCCAUCGGACGACGACGAUUGUUCUUGGAACAACGACAGCACUGCGGCUUUAGAUUCCGAGUCGAUCGUCCCACUAGAAUAAUUUAGUACACAAAUAUCAUCAAAAAACAACAAUAAUAUAUAAAUAUGUAUUUUACGUUUAAAAUUAAUUAUUUUUUUUUUAAAUCGCACAUUUAUAUUUUUACUAUGUAUUGUAAUUAUUAAUGUUAGGGUGCAUGUUUUUUUUUUAGUAGUAUAAUGUGUUCAGUUUUUAUUUUAUUUUAACUGCCAACUACUAAGUAUAAUCCAUUAUAUAAAAUUAGCGAAAACUGUUCUCUAUAUUUAACGCGCAUUAGAUGAAA